AUGCAUUUCUUACUCCGGACGUUAAUAGUAUUUGUAGUUGGUGUGUUGCUUUCCCUUGCACUGUUAAUACUUCAAAUUGAACGUAAUGUGGCGUUAUUUCCGCCCGGUGUCUUGUCUGAUCUUUCUUCUAUACCUUGGUGGGUGCCAAUCUCGUGUGGAGCUGGUGCAGCAACAAUUGGGCUAUCGCUGCCAAAGAUGGACGAAUGGUUUCAGAGAAAAUAUGAUUAUCAUCAUGAUCAAGUCGAAUGGGUCGGUGUACUGCGAUGUGUAGGAAUCUUUGUCGGGAUAACAUACGCUAGUACCCUGGCUUAUAACUCUGUAAUUGCUAAAUUUUCAGUAUCACUUUCUUUGAUGGCUAUUGGUCAGUGGUGGUUAUUCGAUAGAUCUGUAAGUGGGUUUGUUCUUGGGGUGGCAGUUUCUUUUACAGCUACUGCAGUAACUCAAAUUAUUGUCCACUAUGGAAUAUUUAGCUUUUCCAAGCCUGAUUUUCUUAGUAUACGGUCUUGGCUACCUGGAGUAUUUUUUUCUGCUACAAUUGCUAUUGGUAGCUUAGGACGACAACUAGCGCAGGUAACGUUCCACUUAAGUGUCUAUCAGUUUCAGUAA